GGAGCGCUGUUUGGCUCUGCCAUUUGAGCCUGGGCUGAAACUGCGGGUGUGACGGCCGCGGUGGCUCAGGGUGUCUGCGGAGGAGCUGGGGGCGGAGGCAUGAGGCUAACGGCUUGGCUUCAGUAAGCGCACCGCGAUGUACAGGCCAGGAGCCAGAGGCCGGCUGAUGGGGGAGGGAACGAACCGCCUGUGAGACGGGGUGACGGCGGCGACCAGCCCGGGCGGGCACCGGGACUGGAAGAGUUGCCUGAGCAGCCGGCUGGCCCGGCAGCCAGGCUAGGGCGGGGGCGAGCGCCCAGCUGAGCCUGCUAGGGCUGGAGGAGCGAGAAGGGUCCUCUUCACAUUUCAGAGCGAACCAGACGGGGACGGUAGGUUUGGAGGAAGGGGGAUCGUUGGAGGUAGCCGGAAGUGGUGAGAAUCUGGCUAUAGGCGAGGAACCGAAAGAAUCAGAAAGGGAAGUCUGUGUGAGUAGCUGAAAGGAUUGGGUGACCAGAAAGAAGGUCGGUGUAAGUGAAGGAAGAGUGAGGUGUUGCUGGAUCAAAGGGCUAAGAGAAGAGGGUCUGCGUAAGUGGAAGUAAGUGAGGAUCAAGGAAAAGCAGUGGAAGUGGCCAGGGGUCGGGGCUGCAGGAGUGCCAGACGCGGCCGGAAGGCAGGCGAGAGGAAUUCAAAAUUGAGAGCGUGUGGAAACUAGAAGACUUGGUGGCGAACAAGGGUCAGGACCCGUAUCCUGUCUCAGAGAGUAGUCGACGUGUCCGGGAUGUGGGAUCAGAGGCUGGUGAGGUUGGCCCUGUUGCAGCAUCUUCGGGCCGUCUAUGGCAUUAAGGUCAAGGGUGUCCGUGGGCAGUGUGAUCGCAGGAGACGAGAAACAACAGCCACGGAAAUAGGGGGUAAAAUAUUUGGAGUACCUUUUAAUACACUGCCCCAUUCUGCUGUACCAGAAUACGGACGCAUUCCAAGCUUUCUUGUCGAUGCUUGCACAUCUUUGGAAGAACAUAUUCAUACAGAAGGGCUUUUUCGGAAAUCAGGAUCUGUUACUCGCCUAAAAGCGCUAAAGAAUAAACUGGAUCAUGGUGAAGGUUGCCUAUCUUCUGCACCUCCCUGUGAUACUGCAGGACUUCUUAAGCAGUUUUUUAGGGAAUUACCAGAGCCCAUUUUCCCAGCUGAUUUGCAUGAAGCACUUUUGAAAGCUCAACAGUUAGGCACAGAGGAAAAGAAUAAAGCUACACUGUUGCUGUCCUGUCUGCUGGCUGACCACACAGUUCAUGUAUUAAGAUAUUUCUUUAACUUUCUCAAGAAUGUUUCUCUUAGAUCCAGUGAGAAUAAGAUGGAUAGCAGCAAUCUUGCAGUAAUAUUUGCACCAAAUCUUCUUCAGACAAGUGAAGGACAUGAAAAGAUGUCUGCUAACACAGAAAAAAAGCUACGAUUACAGGCUGCAGUAAUACAGACUCUUAUUGAUUAUGCAUCAGAUAUUGGACGUGUACCAGAUUUUAUCCUGGAAAAGGUACCAGCUAUUUUGGGUAUUGAUGGUCUUUGUGCCACUCCAUCACUGGAAGCCUUUGAAGAAGGCGAAUGUGAAACUCCUGGUGAAUAUAAGAGAAAAAGAAGGCAAAGUGUAGGUGAUUUUGUUAGUGGAGCACUAAAUAAGUUUAAAUCUAACAGAACACCGUCUAUUACACCUCAACAAGAAGGAAUUGCCCAGCUGUCUGUAUCACCAGUGAUUCUUACACCAAAUGCUAAGCGUAAACUGCCAGUAGAUUCUUCUCAUGGUUUCUCAAGUAAGAAAAGGAAGUCUGUCAAGCACAAUUUUAACUUUGAGCUGUUGCCAAGUAAUCUCUUCAGUAGCAGUUCUACACCAGUAUCAGUUCACAUUGAUACAAGCUCAGAAGGGUCAUCUCAGAGUUCACUCUCUCCUGUACACAUUGGUGGAAACCAUUUGAUCACUACAGGUGUGCCAAGGCGAAGUAAAAGAAUUGCAGGCAAAAAAGUUUGCAGAGUGGAAUCAGGAAAAGCAGGGUGCUUUUCUCCUAAAAUCAGCCAUAAAGAAAAGGUUCGAAGAUCUCUUCGUUUGAAAUUCAAUCUAGGGAAAAAUAGCAGAGAUGUAAACGGAUGUUCUGGUGUCAGUAGAUACGAAAGUGUUGGUCGGCGACUUGCAAAUCAACAGAGUUUAAAAAACAGAAUUGAAUCUGUAAAAACUGGUUUGCUUUUUAGUCCAGAUGUUGAUGAAAAGUUACCAAAGAAAGGUUCAGAAAAGAUCAGUAAGUCUGAGGAAAACUUACUAACUCCAGAGCGACUAGUUGGAACAAAUUACCGGAUGUCUUGGACAGGACCUAAUAAUUCAAGUUUUCAAGAAGUAGAUGCAAAUGAGGCUUCUUCAAUGGUGGAAAAUCUUGAGGUAGAAAACUCUUUGGAGCAUGAUGAUAUGGUUGAAAAGUCACUUGCUACUUCAUGUGAAAUAACCCCUUCCAAUUUACACAAUAAGCAUAAUAGCAACAUAACAGGAAGCUCUCUUGGUGAGGAUGAAAAUAAUGUGACCAAAGAGACUUUGGUGAAAGUUCAGAAAGCAUUUUGUGAGUCUGGAAGUAAUCUUCAUGCAUUGAUGAAUCACAGGCAGUCAUCAGUAACUAACGUGGGGAAAGUAAAAUUAACUGAACGGUCUUAUGUACAAGAUAGCCCAGAGGAAAAUCUAUUUGAAACUAAUGAUUUGACUGUAGUAGAAUCAAAGGAGAAAUAUGAACACCACACUGGUAAAGGUGAAAAAUGUUUUUCAGAGAGAGACUUUUCACCCCUUCAAACUCAAACAUUUGAUAGAGAAGCAACUAUAAAAUGUUAUUCAACUCAGAUGAAGAUGGAACAUGAAAAAGAUGUUCAUUCAAAUAUGCCAAAAGAUUAUUUAAGCAAGCAGGAAUUUCCCAGUGAUGAACAAAUAAAGAAACAGCAGUCCCCAAAGGAAAAACUAAAUGAUAAACUAAAGGAGAAUGAGAAUAUGAUUGAAGAUAACUUACCGAAGUGUGCAGCACGUAGCAAGGACGAGGCUAGAUCCUCUUUGUCACAGCAGAGUACAUGUGUUACAACAAACUUGUCAAAAUCUAGGCCCGUGAGAAUUGCUAAACAGCAGUCAUUGGAAACACGUGAGAAAACGGUUUCUGAAAGUUUACAAAUGACUGAACAUAGAAAGGUUUCCGAUCACAUACAGUGGUUUAACAAGCUUUCUUUAAAUGAACCAAACAGAACAAAAGUCAAGUCACCUCUUAAGUUUCAGCGUACUCCCGUUCGUCAGUCUGUCAGAAGAAUUAAUUCUUUGUUGGAGUAUAGCAGACAACCUAUAAGGCAUAAAUUGGCGAGUCUUGGUGAUACAGCUUCUCCUUUGGUCAAAUCAGUGAGCUGUGAUGGUGCUCUUUCCUGUUGUAUGGAAAGCACAUCAAAAGAUUCCUCUGUUUCAUGUAUCAGAUCAGGUCCUAAAGAACAGAAGUCCCUGUCAUGUGAAGAGUCAAAUAUUGAUACAAUUUCAAAGUCAAACAUAGAGUUACCGUCGAAAUCUUUCUUAAAGGUGAAGCACCCAGAUUCGUUGAAUGCUUCUCUUGGGUCUACUACAGUUUGUAAACAGAAGAUGUUAUCUGAUGGCCACGUUAAGGUUCCCUUAGAUGAUCUGACUAAUCGUGAUAUAUUAAAACCAGUUGUAAAUAACAAUAUAGGCAUUUCUUCUGGGAUAAAUAACAGUGUCCUUAGGAGACCAUCAGAAAGAGAAAGGGUCUGGUACAAAGGUUCUCCAAAACAUCCUAUUGGGAAAACUCGAUUACUACCAACAAGUAAACCUGUAGACCUGUAAUUGGUAAAUGUUAUACUUGUCAUUAAUGUAAAUAAAGUGAGCAGUUGUUGGUAUGACUUGCAGGAUAAUCUACAUGUUAGUUGUAGCUCAGGAUGAUUGUUGCCCAGGCUGGAGUGCAAUGGCACAGUGUCCGCUCACUGCAACCUCCUCCUCCCGGGUUCAAUUACUUCUUUUUCUUGAUGAUGGCAGUUUUUAAACUUUAAUUUUAUUGUGAUCUCUCAAAGCAGAGGUUAGACUUUACCUUUCUAAAGAAAUUGUUGACUGGAUUUGUAAUAAGUUAAUUUUUGAAAAUGACAUAUUUUUGUGUGAUAGGAAGAAUGGAGUAAGUUGUGCUUACUUCCUCCAAGUCAGAUAAGAUUUCUAAAAUAAAUAAAUUUCUAGCUUGUAAAGGGUAGAGAGAAACCCUGCAAAUCUUACGUCUGGAAUUCUAUUAUUGUUUGUUGUCCUUGCCAAAAUCCCUAGAAAUUAAUUUGCUUCAAUAGCAUCCUAAUUCUCUAUUUUUAUUUAGGGCAGAAUAAUUUGGUUCAUAUUGCCUGUAGUUGUACCACGUGUUCACGUGAACUAAGAACAAUGGCUAAGGCAGAAUAAUGACUAAAGUAUGUUCAUAUGUUAUGAUGUGGAAAUAAUUGAUAACUUUUAAGCCAUACUGUGUUUUUAAAGAUAAUUUGCACAAAUACAUUUGUGUCUGUUUUGUCCAAUAUAGAUUUGGCAUUUAUUAAUCUUGAAAAAAAUUAAUCAAGGUGAUUUCUUAUAUAUAGAUGCUUGAUUUUGGAAUUUGGAAUAGUAGAUGUACCUCUUCACCUUUUUUAAUUGGAUAAAAACCUAUGAUGAUUUUGUCCUGUGUGUGUUAUUUAUUUAGCAUAGACAUUAAAGAUACCUUUCUGGAAAA